UUUGCUUCCUCUUUUGCUGCCACCGCUGUCUCUCUGCUAAGUGCUGCUGCUCAAUUGCCUCUUUCCAUGUCCUCCUCCUCCUCUUCUUUCGAUUUGUCCACCAGCUUGCCCUCCUGGUCUGUCUUGCAGGGCUUGAAAGACGCCCUUCCUGACAACUUCUCUAUCGCUGACCAGUUCAAACAGGACCCUGCCAGAAUUGCCAAUUUGUCCAAGACCUUCUCUGUCGAUGAUCCUGCCAACGACUUGAAAAUCAAGAUCCUCUUUGAUUUCUCCAAGAACCUUGUCACAAACGACAUUCUAAAGAACUUGUUCAAUUUGACUGGCGAGUCCCAUGUCGACCUCUUGAAGGACAAGUUGUUUGAUGGUCAGCACAUCAAUUUCACAGAAAACAGAGCUGUCUACCAUAUCGCCUUGAGAAACACCAACAAGGACAAGGCUCUCUUUGUCGAUGACAAAAAUGUGUCAACUGGCGUCAACUCUGUCUUGGACCACAUGAAAGAGUUCUCUGAUUCCGUCAGAUCUGGUCAAUGGAAGGGUUACACCGGAAAGAAAAUCAAAAAUAUUGUCAACAUCGGUAUUGGUGGUUCGGAUCUAGGUCCUGUCAUGGUCACCGAAGCUCUUAAGUCGUACGCUUCUCCCUCUGAUUUAAAUGUCCAUUUUGUCUCAAAUAUCGAUGGCACUCAUGUAUCCGAAGUAUUGAAAUAUGUAGACCCAGAAUCAACCUUAUUCUUAAUUGCUUCAAAGACUUUUACAACCGCUGAAACUAUCACAAACGCUAAUACUGCUAAAAACUGGUUUUUGAAAUCCUUACCCCAAGAGGCAAUUAAAAACCAUUUUGUCGCUCUAUCAACAAACAAAUCCGAAGUUGAAAAAUUUGGCAUAAAUCCUAAAAAUAUGUUUGGUUUUGAAAAUUGGGUGGGUGGUAGAUACUCAGUUUGGUCCUCAAUUGGUUUAUCCAUUUGUUUAUUCAUUGGGUUUGACAACUUUUUAAAAUUCCUCAAGGGCGCUGAAGCCAUGGAUCUUCAUUUCUUGAACACUUCUUCCUCCUCUCAAGAUAACAUCCCAACCUUUGGUGCUCUACUAUCAAUCUGGUACAACAACUUCUACAAUGCACAAACUCAUUUAGUUGCUCCCUUUGAUCAAUACUUGCACCGUUUCCCUGCUUAUUUACAACAACUCUCCAUGGAAAGUAAUGGUAAAUCCGUCACAAGAAAAAACAUAUUUACAAAUUAUCAAACAGGUACAAUCUUGUUCGGUGAACCUGCAACCAAUUCUCAACACUCCUUCUUCCAAUUGGUUCAUCAAGGUACCAAGUUAAUUCCUGCCGACUUCAUUUUAGCCGCCAACUCUCAUAACCCCGUUGAAAAUAAUUUACACCAAAAGAUGUUAGCUUCAAACUUUUUUGCCCAAGCCGAGGCCUUAAUGUUAGGUAAAAAUGAAGACCAAUUGAUCAAAGAAAACACCCCUGAAGAUUUAAUCCCACACAAAAUCUUCAAGGGUAAUAGACCAACAACCUCAAUUCUUUGUGAAAAGAUUAACCCUGAAACUUUGGGUGCCUUAAUCGCUUACUAUGAGCAUGUCACCUUUGUUGAAGGUGCUGUUUGGAAUAUUAACUCUUAUGACCAAUGGGGUGUUGAAUUGGGUAAAAUCUUAGCUAAAGUUAUCGGUGAAGAACUAAAUGAUGCAAAGCCUGUUGAUUCUCACGAUCCUUCCACUCAAACUUUAAUCAACACUUUUAAACAAUGGUCAACAUUUUAUUAAUAUAUUAUAUUGCUUUUCUUUAAAAUCUCUGUUUUUUUAUCUUUUCUCAUGUUUCACACAUUUAGUUUAGUUUUGUUUUGUUUUCUUUCACUUUUUUUCUUUUUAUUUACGUUUUUC